CAAUUGUAAUUAUUCUUUGCUGUUCACUCACUCACUCAAUGAAUGACACCGACAAGCUAAAGCAACACAACAAGGUCACAGAGAGAGAGAGAGAGAGAGACCUCAACAAGCUCUCUUGGAUGCCAAGUUAACAGAGAAAACAAAAUGGACCUCUUAACCACCCUCGACUCUAUCAUAUCUUCUUUCAAGUUUCAUCAUCACCAUUGCAAGUUCUAAGACUUGGAACAAACACUCUCCACAUUCUCUUUCUAAGAAACAACGUGCGAGUGUGUGUUUAUACACGACAGCAUCAGCAUGUUAUGUUGGUCCCACGUUCCAAACUCAUUCUUCUCACUCACCCCAUGUGCCAAUGCCAACCUCUUUCUUUUGCAUUAGGAUCUGAAGCUUUGAACGUUGAAAUUUGAACCUCACUCUCUUUUGGACCAUCUUGCAUUGCUCCGGCUAUGGACCCUAACACUUGUCUUGAUCAUGCCCUCUUUCAGCUCACUCCAACCAGAACCAGGUGUGACCUUGUUGUUGUUGGUGGAGGUGUGAGUGAAAGACUGGCUUCUGGGCUGUUAGAACCAUUUCUUUCUCACCUUAAGAGUGCCAAGGAUCAGAUUUCCAAAGGUGGCUAUUCCAUUACUCUGCGUGCACUUGGUGGACAUGCCCCCUGGUUCACCAAAGCCACCCUCCAAAGGUUUGUUAGAUUUAUUAGCACUCCAGAAGUUCUAGAGAGGUUUGUCACAAUAGAAAAGGAGAUUGUGCAGAUUGAAGGGUCGAUUCAGUCAAGUGAGAGGAGCAAUUUGGUGGCAGAAGCAGCAGAAGAUGGGCGUGUUAGAAGGUCAACAACUUCCUCUAAGCUUAAAGAUGAACCAGCCGGAAGCAAUCAAGAUGGAUAUGAAGAAAACUCCAGGGUUCGCCUUCAACGUGUUCUAGAUAAUCGUAAAGCUAUGCUUUGCAAAGAACAAGCAAUGGCCUAUGCCCGUGCUUUAGUUGCAGGAUUUUACCCAGAAUCUGUGGAUGAUCUUAUAUGUUUUGCUGAUGCAUUUGGAGCUUCACGUUUAAGGGAAGCAUGCAUAAAUUUCUUAGAGCUGUGCAAACAAAAGAAUGAAGACAAGCUCUGGAUAGAUGAGAUAGCAGCCAUGCAGGUGGCUGCACAGCCCGAAUUGCCAUAUUUGAGGACAUCUGGAAUCAUACUUGCUGGUGAAGAUGAUACAAGCAGUAAACUAAAUGGCAUAGUUGAUGCCUCAAUUUCUGAGUCAACUCCAAGUCAUGCAAGUUUGGACAUAGGCCAAGAUUAUGGCUUGCCAACAUCAGGUCAAACACCAUCAACAGAUGGAAGAGCUCAAAUACCAAUGUCCUGGCCAAACCAUCUCCCUCAGUACAUUCACAACUUUCAGGGUCAUGCAUUUCAACAAAUGCCCCCAUACCAAGGGUACCUCUAUCCUGGGAUGCAGGUUCCCUCUUCAUAUUAUCCGGGGAAUAUGCAAUGGCCUCCAAAUGUGGAAGACUCUCAUAUUGUUCAUGACCAAGAGAAGGAUUAUCAUAAAUCAUCAUACAAGAAGAAGAAGAAGAAGAAACAUUCUCAAGUCCUGGAGCAGUCCGAAGAAGAUAGCUCAACAGCAUCCUCCAACUCUAGUUAUGAGAGUGAUUCAGAUGACCAUUCAAGGCAAGGUAAAAAGCACUCUUCCACAGAACAUAUGCACAAAAAGAAGCAUGGAAAGAAGUCCUCAAGGAAAGUAGUUAUACGCAAUAUUAACUAUAUAACCUCUAAUGGAGAUGGUGAAAAGGGUAGUGUCACAGAGGGGAGUUUGUCUAAUGAGGAAGAAUUUAUCAAGGGAGAUUCCCUGAAACAACAGGUAGAGGAAGCAGUAGGAUCACUGGAGAGAAGACACAAGUCAAGUUCCCAUCACCAUAAGAAACACAAUAGUGCAAAGCACCCUAGCAUGCUAAAUGGAUCAAAUGAUGCUGAUUCCAAUGUUGUAAAAGGCAAUAACAACUGGGAUGCUUUUCAGAAUCUUCUUUUGAGAGAUGAUGAUUCUACUCUUGAUACAGAAAAGGAGCCUGUGAAGUUUCAGGAGGAUUAUAUUGUAAAUCAGAAUUUUGAGGAUGGAAGGUCAAAUGCAUUUAACCACAAAGCAGACGUUAGUAAAACUCGAGUAGUUUCAAAUGAUUCCUUUGUUGUGGCAGAGAGGGGAUUCAGCAGUGAGGGUCAAAAUCGCAUUGAUAACUUUAAGGAAGGAAUGGAUGCACCUUCAUUUGUGAAUAAAAGUAAUGGUACAAAUGAGGAGAUGUUGUUUUCUCGCAGAAUUGAUGAAUCUGCUAGCUAUUCUAUGUCCACUCUAUCUGUGAAUGGCCCAAAAUCUUCCCUCACUAAAUGCCAGAAAGAAGAGGAUUGGUUCACUAUCAAUCAAUCUGAUAAACCAGGAAAUGAGGAUCAAAACCGAGAUUUCAGCAUGUUUAAUGGCAUUUCUGUUUCAUCAUCAGCUACUGAUUCUUUACAUGUAGAGAAAAACAAGAAAGACAUUAUGACUGAUGACUCUUUCAUGAUUCAAGCUCGACCAUCUGAAGAUCAAUUUAAUUCUCAGUCGGCAGUUGAUCUAGGCUUGGUUUCAGACAUUGUUGGGGCUACUGAAUUCAUGAACAGAACACAAGAAGGUUCACACAAUAAGACUGAAACCAUAAAUUCUCAUGAGCCAGAUGAUCUCUUCAUGGUUCUUGACCGUGAUUCAGCUGCACAGCAAAGUUCGGCACCGUGGAGCAUUGAAAUGGAUUAUGAGAAUAACAUUUCUACAAAUGAAGCUAAUAAAAAGCUUUCUGAAGUUGAAACAGACAAAAACCAACCAUCUAAGCAUGAGGGUCCUGAUACAAAAACAACUAGAGUGCAAAAUGGGAAAGUUUCAAGUAAAGAGGCAAAGUCUAAGGCUCUAAAUGCAUCUCUUGGGAAAAGCAAACCCGAUGUCACUUCAAGAAGCAAAGCAUCCCCUGGAAGCAGAACUAGAGUUGUAAAGAGCAAAUCUGAGAAGGAAGAGGAAACUAGAAAGAGAAAAGAAGACUUGAUGAUUCAGCGGCAGAAAAGAAUUGCGGAAAGAAGUGCCUCUAAGAAAACUGGAAUAGAAACUAGGACAUCCUUGACUUCUACAAAGAAAGAAAAUCCUAAGAUACAUCCAUCCAAUGAGGAGACUAAGAAAUUGAACAAACCUGUCCUCAGGAAUUCCACCAUUAAACGCCUUGCAACUACCCGAGUGAGUCAGCAGAAAGUUUCACCAAAUCAAGCAAAACCAGUUCCAACUAAGAAACCGUCCUUGAAGGCAAAUGGUGUACCAUUGCAGAAAAAGACUACUGGCACCGAAAAGAAGAAGCAGGGACCAAAAGAGGUCAAAUCUUCAAGUCACAAAGAAGACGUGAAGAAAACAAAUGGGAAAGUUCUUGAUGGCACAAAUGGCCUGGCUAAAAAUGUAAUGGAAGUCUCAGCAGCAUUGCCAAUGAACUCUGGUGUCAUGCAAUCUGUUGAACCAAAAAACAGUAAUCUUGGUUUGACAAACAAUGGAGAAAGAGAGCAAGUGCAUGGUAAUGUUGAUCCACCUUUGCCAAAUCAUGAUCACUUGUUGAGAGGAAAUCAGUCAAAAGGUGAAGAAGCACCAAACAAGUUAUCUUCACUUCCUGGUGAUAACAAACCUCAACAUAUAACUGAUGUGAUCACAAGUCCUACAACUGCAUUACCUAGCAAACCCCUAACAGUUUCUGCUGUGAAUUCAAAGGUUAAUCAAGAAAUAGAUGAAAGUGAUGCUAUCUUGCUUAAAGUCACUGAGAAACAAAUCACUACUACCCCUCCACCCAGUAACCAAGUGAUGCCAGAACCAGUCCACUCUAGGAAGAAAUGGAACAGUGAUGAAGACUCUUCAAAAGCGGCAAAAGGAUUUCGUAAGCUUCUAUUCUUUGGAAGAAAAGGCUGAAACACUUCAACAUAUAACUGAUUUGGUUUUGUGCAAAUUGGUUCAUAAUAAUCUUCUGAAGUGUUCAAAUUAGCAAUCAGUUCUGUUUAUCCAUGCUUAUGGUUUUUCAAUAUUUCAAGAAGAAUUUACUUUGUUCAUUCUUUAGCUCAACAGAAAGUGUUUGGCACAUUGAAUUAUUUGUUGUUUUGAGCGCGCUAUGGCAAUCAUGUGGAAGAUUGUAGAUAGUUUCCAGCUUGCCACACGUAAUAAGAAGUCCAUGGGAUUGAGAAUUGUUGUCAUAUGAGAGAUCAAUGAUGUAAAUUAUCUGAAUGUGGUGUAUACUGAGGAAGGAUUUGACGGGUAAUAAACUUUCCAUGUUAAAACUCUAUGAGGCUUAUCUUGUUUGAUGUCAAAACAUGUUUCCUUGUAUUGCAAAUCAUGAAAGUUGUGAUGUUUGGUUGUGUAUUUCUUCCAUAUUAUUACAUGUUGAUAUUCUUUUGCAGUUA